AUGUUGACGGAAUAUUAUAAUAAGUUCUCAAAAUUUACUGACGAGCAAAGAGUUUUGCUAAUUAAUGCUAUAGCUCAGGCGUUUGAAGAAAAAGGAAUUCCAAUGACAUUAGCCACCAGUUAUCGAAUAGAAAACGAAAUUUUUGAAAGAUUCCCGACUGAAAAAUUGGAAUUUUAUAGAACGAGCAAAAGGGGGAAACUAUACAACAAAUGCUGUAACCGUAAAUCUUCUUUUAAAACUGCAGUGGCACAGCAUUUGGUGUCAAGAACAGAUGAUGAUCAAACUUUAAAUCAGAAAGUAAAAUCUUGGCAGAACAAAUAUCCAGUGCCAGAAGAAGACGCAGAAGAUAUUUAUAGAUCUUUAAAAUUUGACAAUCUUUCUUCAGAAGUAUUUGACAGCGCAUGGAAAGCGUGCAAGCAGUACCGUUUUAAUGACCUUGAAAUGCUAAAGUCUACGACCGAUAUUUUGGAAAAAUGGCCGUUUUAUAAGUACCCGUCAGGUUUUCGUUUGAUCGACAUGGACUUUACUGCAGCUUUCGAGAAUGCUGAUGGUCUAUUAAAGAAUUGGCCAACAUAUUGUAAUGCAAUUCUUUCAUUUCUUAACGAUGAAAACCAUAUUAAAGAAAAGGGGAUACGACGAAUUUUAGCAAAUAUGACAAACGAAGACCUUAGUGAAAAUGGUCGUGAUGCGGCAAUAAUGUGGGCGCUUCAUGGAUAUUUUGUACCAACAAAUAAAACUAUCAAAAAAGAUGAAACCCUGGGCAAAAAAGUCACAACAAAAUUCACCAUAAAAGAUUCGCAAGAUUCCUUCCUAUACGUAGCAAAAUGUGCACAGGAAUUAGAAGACCAUUUGGAAUUUCUUAAAAACCAAAAACAAGCCAUACAGCCAUUUAUAUUGACUGUUGGCGAGGAUGUCCUUUCUAUCAAAGAGAUAGUUGUCUAUUUCGAUGGAAUUCGAUUUACAUUUUGUCAUUUUUUAAGGGCUGUGGACAUAUGUUAUAAAAUAUUUUUUCUGUUUAAUUUAGAUUUUCCUAAAAAGUCCCAAAUGUUUUGGACUUUUAUACAAACAUACUUUUAUAAAAGUAAACCAGAAAAAUCUUUUUCAAAAAUUCAUAUUUUGGCAGAAUUUUUAUCAGACAAACAAGAUAGUUAAGUCGCUGUUUUUAAUUAAUAUAUAAUUUUAAAUAUAAUAAACGUAGAGGCAUAUAAUUUUAAUGGAUUAUAGGUGUAGAAUAAGUGUUUUUUUUUUUGAGUUAUAAAACUAUACUUUUUGCAAAAAAACAUUUGUUUAUAAAAAAGGCACAUAUUUUUUUGCACGAAAACCCC